CCAGGAUCACUGACCUCAUCGACCCCUCCUCCCCUCCACCUUGGCACCUGUAGUCAAAAUUAUUAUUAUUACCUCCUGUUGCCCUCUUCUUCAUACCUAUUAUUAUCAUUACCUUAUUGUUCUUACUCUCCCUCUCCAUUCUCCAUAGUUUCCCAUAACCUUGCUCCAUCCUCAAUUCUUGCUCCCUCUCCACAUCCUCUCUUCCCGUUCUUUUUCCUCCCCGAUCUCGAUUUCCCCGUCUUUGUCAAAGAACCCUUUCCGAUCUGAUACACAAUGUCGUCGCCUCUAGUGACCGAAGCUACGCGCAUUGCGCGCCAGUUUGACUUUUCUGCUGAGCAGAUCCAGAGUGGUGUCAAAGAGUACAUCAGAGAGAUGAGUGAGGGGCUCACCAAGGAGCACACGACACUCAGCCAAAUUCCUACCUAUGUCACUUCCGUACCGAACGGUACUGAAAAGGGCUUGUACCUUGCUGUCGAUCUUGGAGGCACCAACUUCCGGGUGUGCUCGAUCGAUCUUCACGGAGAUACCACAUUCAACCUCACACAGUCGAAGAUCAUGAUCCCUCGCGAACUGAUGGCUUCUGGUACUUCCAAGGAUCUUUUCCUGUUCCUAGCUCGCCAGAUCGAGGCGUUUCUGCGAAUCCACCAUAACGAACACUUUGAGGCUCAUCUGAGACGCCGUCGUGAGCCAAACCAUGAAGAGGAACUCUUCGACCUGGGCUUCACGUUCAGUUUCCCUGUGCGCCAGUUGGGGAUCAACAAAGGCACCCUCAUUCGCUGGACGAAGGGCUUCAACAUCCCCGACGCCGUCGGUCACGAUGUCUGCGCACUCCUGCAAAACGCCAUUGAUGAGCUGGACCUUCCCGUUCGCGUGGCCGCUCUGGUCAACGAUACCGUGGGUACUCUGAUGGCUCGUUCCUACACCUCUCCCGGCGAUACCUCAACUUUCAUUGGCGCCAUCUUUGGCACUGGCACCAAUGGUGCCUAUGUCGAGAAGCUCGACCGGAUCACCAAGCUGCGGACGAUUGAACAUUCUGAUUACGAGAAGUCAACCGGAGAGAUGAUCGUCAACGCUGAGUGGGGCAGUUUUGAUAACCACCUCAAUGUCUUGCCCAACACGAAAUGGGACAAGGAGUUGGAUGAAGACAGCAACAACCCGGGCAUCCAGAUGUUUGAAAAGCGUGUCUCGGGUAUGUUCUUGGGUGAGAUCCUGCGCCGGGCUCUUCUUGAUAUGCACAAGGACGAGGCCUUUGGUCUGUUCAAGCCCGAUCAAUCCUCGAAAGUUGUCACUCCGGAGAACUCGCCCCUGUACAGGCAAUGGGGCAUCGACACCAGCUUCCUCAGCUUGGUGGAGGCAGACAAGACCGAUAGGAUGGAAGAAGUCAAGGCUGCUCUGAAGGAUCACCUGAAGAUCGAGAACCCUAGCGACGCCGACUGCCAGGCCGUCAAAGUCCUGGUGCAUGCAAUUGGCAAGCGUGCUGCCCGCCUCAGCGCUGUGCCACUUGCUGCAAUCCUCAUCUCCACCGGUAAACUGGAGACGGAUGACAUGGUCGACAUCGGUGUGGAUGGAAGUCUGGUCGAGUUCUACCCUAACUUUGAGGGACACAUUCGCGAGGCUCUGCGGGAGGUCCCUGAAGUAGGUGCCGCUGGCGAGAAGAAGGUGCGCAUUGGCAUUUCCAAAGACGGCAGUGGAGUCGGUGCUGCCCUGAUCGCUCUUGUCGCCAGCAGGAAUGAAACUGGAUCUGGGUCGAAAUAGAAGUUUGGAAAGGGAAAAAUGAACCAAAAAAAAAAGAAAAAGGAAUAGAAUUCUAAUGCCGAAACGAAGUACUGUCUAUUCUGCGUUCUGCCGAUGGUCUUUGCAAUCUUUCCACACUUGACUGAAACGAAGCACCUGCUUGCAAUCUUGGUCAAGCACACUUCUUCACGCUGCCAGUCUUAGGCGGCAUCACCCGUGGCGGUUGGUCUAGGAUGUACAGGAAGCCCCCGCUUUCAAGAUCAAACCCGAAGUUCGCAUUCGGCGGGGGAAGCGAGCGGCCGAGCUCUCAUAUGCAUGGACUUCUUCAUCCUUGCAUUGAUCUGGUGUUGGGAGGCUAGGCUUGGACCUGGAGGUGUAUCAAUAUCGUCAUUUAGCGUGCGUUGUACUACCCAUA